CCAUCUGAUUCCAUACUUCUAGACACAACCAGAUAGAACUAACUCUUGUCACGUGUCUCUUAGAAAAUUAAAGUGGACCGUGAUUAAAUAUUAUUUAUUUACAAAUUGUGUAAUGCCAAGUGGCUUUGUGAUCGAUCCAGGAUUUUGAUGUUUUACUAUCGCGCAAUCACUAUGAAGAUUCUUAUUUUCUUAGGGUUUGCAACGAUGGUUUGUGCACAGUAUAAUAGAUACCCGUAUAAUCCUGAUUAUUAUGGUCGACGUUUUGCUAUACUGCGACAGACGCAAAAUUCUUCUCCGGAUGGAUCAUAUUCUUACAGUUAUGAUACAGAAAAUGGUAUAUCUGUAGCAGAACAAGGUACACCCAAGUUUAUUGGACCGAAUCAAAUUGAAUCAGUUCGAGGACAAUUUAGUUACACUGCACCGGAUGGCACACCGAUUUUGCUUACUUAUACUGCUGACGAAAAUGGUUUUCUACCAAAUGGUGCUCAUUUACCAACACCACCUCCAAUACCAGUAGCGAUACAACGUGCUUUGGCUCAUAAUGCAGCUCAUCCUGAAGAAGAAGAACCUUAUAGAAGAUACUGAUGAACGUAAAACAUGUUUUAACUCUCUAAGGAAGCUCUAGUAACAUAAAUGGAAUAAUACAACAUAGAUAUGAAGAAAGAUUUUCAAAACCUUAAACGAUCAUACUUGAUAAAUCUUUAAUAAAUCUUCAAAUAUAUAAGAUGUGUUAUAAUUCAUAUUCAAAUUCACUUUCAAAAAUUUUUACAUAAUAUUUUUAAUAUUAUUUUAUUUAAUUUUUCAUGCAAAAUUUUAAAUUUUAUGUUAUAUAAUAUUUUUUUAUAUUUGGAAAUUAUAUAUUUUAUAGUCAUAAAAUACAAAUGAAAAAUAGUUAGUUAUUAUUAUAUGUGGAUUAUAAUAUAGUAAAAUAUGAUAUUUAAUAUAAAAAAUUAUGACAUACAUAUAAAUUCACAUAACAUAUAAAUUCACAUAAAUUUAUAUUAGUUUAUUAUCCGUUCGUAUAAAUAUGUCCACUUCGUUUGACAAUUCGCGUAAGAAUGAAAAUUCGGGCAUGUGGCGGUCGCGUACAAUAAUAAUAAUAGAUUUAAUAAUAAUAGAUUCGGAAAAAAAUAAUUUUUAAUGAUUUUUAAUAUAAUGUUUUAAAAAUACUUAUAAAAAUAAUCACAUAUUUUAUAAUUAAAAUAAUAAUACUUAAAAAUAUUAUGUUCUAGAAAAAUUGUUAUAUGCAAAGAUAUAUAGAAAUAUUUUCUUAUCAAUUCACAUUAUAAAUUAUAAACGUUUUCAUAAGUAUUUAUUAAACUUUAAUAUUUAAAUAAAAAAUUGUAGAAAUUUUUUUAUGAUUUUAUGAAAUUUUAUAAGAAAUUUUAUAAGAUCUUGUACUUCAAAAAAUACUUGAAAAAUUAUAAAUUGAUUCAAAUAUCUUUUUUAUUUUUAUGUUGUAUUGUCUGAUAUGAUUUUAAUCUACUGAUCAUAUUGACUUUAUUUAAAUGCCUGCCACAAGAACUAUAUUUUAUUGUAUGUUGCUUUAUAAAUCCUAAUACAAGAAGACUAAUUUUAAUAAAUAUAUAUUUUUCAUACCCUUCAAUUUUAUUUACAUUACAUUAUUUUUUUGCACAUGACAAAAAUUACUUUUGUAAGUGUAAUAUUUUUUAUAUAUAUGGACCAACAAAUGUGCAAUGAAAUGAAAAAAAUAUGCGAAAAAGAAUACAUAAAUACGAAUAUUAUUUUAUACUUUGCUAUAUCUUAUAUUUUGUUAUAAUGUGUAUUAUGUAUGUAUAAAUAUAUUAAUGUGAAUAUCACA